UUAGUGAAUUUAGUGAAUGUCCCUCUUUGUCAUUUUCAAAUUUCCCACUGUUCCAUCCCCUGUACGUCCCGACGCUCGCAGGGGACGGAACCCAGAUGACAGAUGCCGGCAUCCGCCGGAUUACAUUGCCGGGGACACUGCAGGAGGGACAUCGCGGGAGUUCAGGACAAGGUAAGUGAAGAACAGAUGCCGGAGCAGCGCCGCAUGGUAAGCUCGGAGUUACCGCUUUUGGUACUGAAACUUUACCCCGAGCUACACUCAGGAAUACCGUCAGGGAGGUUAAACUUUUCAUACUGCAGGGAUUAAUUUACUAAAACUGGAGAGUGCAAAAUCUAGUGCAGCUCUGCAGAGAAACCAAUCAGCUUCCAGGUUUCAUUGUCAAAGCUUAAUUUAGCAAGCUGGAGUUAGAAGCUGAUUGGCUACAAU